UGUCACCAAGACGUGUUAAAAUUUAGUCCGCCUUUAACCUCAAGGCUUGGACGAAAAAUAUCCUAAAUCUUAUUUUUCUUUCCCAUUCUUCGUCUCUCUAGUCUCUCCCUCCUUUCUUCCCCACUGUUUCUCUGCUAAGCUAGAUAAAGUCACCGUCGGCACCUAGUUUUACCUGCACCAUCACCUUGUUUCUGCUUCUCCUCCAUGAAGACCACCACAUAUUUAUGUACUUCAGUAUUUGUGUAAAGCAUUAAUUGAUUAAACAAAUUUCUAUAAGUUGCUUAAAUUUCUUUUGCUAAGGGGAAUUUCCUUUAUAUAAUAGAUAGAAUAAGUGAAAAAAAAUCAAAUUCACAUGCGUGACAGUUUUUUCCACCCCACACCAAAACGAAUUAGAGGAUUCCCUUGUAUUCAUCUUCCACCGACUCGACUCGUCAUUUCAUUUUUCUUUUUCAGUCUCUCUUUCGUUCACAGCUGCAGUCUUCUUCCCCUUUUUUCUCACCAGCUGAAUCGAUUAAGAGGGUUUUAACUCCGAAGAACUGAAGGAUUUGUUGUUGCUCAUCGGGAUCUGAACUUUGAAGAACUGUUCAGAGUUCGAACUGAGAUCAUAGCCAAUGUGUAUGUUUCUAUGACCUAGCAGGAGAAACAUCACUUUGAAUCAUGGGAGAGGAUAGGAUAAGCAAUUUACCUGUUGAUCUGUUGCACCAUAUUCUUUCACUGGUACCAGCUAAAUAUGCUAUGUCUACUUGCAUUUUGUCCAAAAGAUGGAAGUAUGUGUCCAACUCUAUCCCUACACUUGAUUUCCGUAAAUGGCAAACUCAAAAACCUUUCAGCGAAGAAGGAAAGAUGGAAAUCAAAUCGUUCAAAAAAUUUCUGGACACGGUACUGUUUCUCCAUGAAAAGCCUAGUAUCCAAAAAUUCUAUGUUGGUUUGGAUGAAGAUUUUGACGAAUCUCAAGUUUCUAGAUGGAUCAGUAAUAUCAUUAAACGUAAAGUUGAAGAAUUUUUAUCUUCACAUGAUAUAUUCGAGGACAUUCUGCACAAUUCCUCUGUCAUUUUUUACUUGUGAUUCGUUGACACUGCUGGAUUUACGUUGCAACGAAGAUGGUGUUGGAAAGUUCAUUAUUCCAAAGAAUCCAAACACAAUUUAUUUUACAAAGCUCAAGAUCCUUCGGCUCCAGUCUCAUCAGUUUCUGGAUGUAAUAACCUCGACAAGAAAAUUCUUUUCGAACUGCCCCAUCCUUGAAGAGUUGAGUUUGACUUAUUAUGAGAUUGCCGAGCGGUUAUGCAUUGCAAACCCAACACUGAAGCACUUGGCCAUUACUCACUGUAGAUUACUAGAGUCUACGGUGGAGAUUUAUGCUCCUAAUCUAUUGACCAUUAGCUACAUAGCAGAGCCAGCAGAAGACUAUCUCCUUAGUAGCUUUCCGUCACUAGUCGAGGACAAUAUUAAAUUUAAUAUUGAGGAUUUCAGCGAAUACAACCACCCAAUCGAAGUAUUUGUCAAGAUUUUUGAAAAGCUUUCAAGUGCAAAGCUCUUUAGAAUCUGUGCUGACUCAUUUCUGGUAUGCGUCAUUAUUCUGGAUGAUUCUUUACAUUUAUUAUGUUGCUGUGAAAAUAAUCAGUAUGACGCAUUUGUAGUAUCAGUUUUAUUUUGUCUGAAUCUCAACCAGUGAUUUACUCUUUUC